CCCUGCAGGAUAUUUAGCGGCGUGGAGGAAGACGCCGUCCCUACGGCCCCGAAGCACACCAUUAGACUUCCACUCCAGCAUCUACGACGCAAUGCCUCGCCUCGUCGCCCUCGUUUCCGUCGUGUCGGCCCUCGUCGGCCUGGCAAAUGCUCACAUGCGGGUGGGCGGUCCAUACCCAUGGGGCGGAGCUAAUAUGGCCGCCCUCGAAAACCCGCUGAAUUCUGGAACCCCGAACUGGUUCUGCCACGGACAGAAGCAGCCAGCAAAACCACUGGUGCUCAACAUCACGGCUGGCGGAACAACGACAUUGCCGGUUACCUGCGGAGAGGCGGCCGCGAACCCGGCCAUGGCACCACAAAUUUGUGCCAACGACCCUGUCGCGGCUCACGGUGGAGGUGGCUGCGCCCUCUCUAUCGCAAGGCCCGGCCCCGGAGGAGUAACGAUAAACGACUUCGUUAUGUUCAGCAGCAGUGCAGAUUGCCCUCAUACCAACUUUGCUCCCAACAUCAACUUCCCUAUCCCAGCCAACCUCCCGGCGUGCGACGACUGUGUGUGCAGUUGGACAUGGAUUCCUACACCAGGCGCGAGCGGAGAUGAGAUGUACAUGAACUGCUUCAACUGCCGCAUUAUCUCCCAAGUUCAAGGCUUGAUCACCAAUGGAACGAUGCUGAAGGAUCACCUGUUCGCCGUCCCCGGCGUCCAAACGAAGGGCCCCCGUCCUAUCUACCGGAAUGUCCUCCCCAAAGGCGUCAUUCCCUUUGCCGUCACUGGUUCGGCUCUUGCGGCUGUUAACGGCACCAACGCUACUACAGUAGCCUCGGUAUCUUCCGUCCGUGUGAUCCCAACGGCUUCCGCAAAGGUCGCUGCUCCCACUGUCGUCCCUGUUGACGCCCCCAUGCCUACCAUCGCAGGAACCCCAGCCACUUCCAACUCCAACACUGGCGCGCAGGUCGUUGCCGGUGCUGGCGCCGCUGUCCUCGCUGCCCUUUCCGCCCUCGUCGCUUAUUAGACAAUCAGCACGUUUGCCGGACGCCCCUCACUCGUCAUGGGAUGCCAUCGGAAGGAGGCCUGUCGGGCUGCGCCCGCUCAGAUCGACUUUGCAAGACAAUUCUCUAAUUUCCCGUUGUGUAGAUACACACAUAGACAUUUGUAUACUAGUAGCCGUUACGUAGACGGAGUAUAUACAUAGAAAAUACCUGCUGCUUCUCAAUGGUAAUACAUCGUGCCUCAGAUGUUUCUGACGAAAA